AUGUCGGCGGCGAAGUUUAAGGUUAAAUGGAAAGAAGUCCUGCUGACAUACGCCUGUAGCUGCGCCAAUGACCCUAUAGAGACCGACCGACGAAGGCGUGAUCGACAGAGCGACAAAGCUCUUCAUGCAGACGAGAAAACACCUACAGGAAGGCGUGAUCGACAGAGCGACGUAGCUCCGCACGCAGACGAGAAAACACCUACAGGAAGCGGCAUCGCCAGCCGCCACCCAGCAUCCGUCGCCGACGCAAGCCUCGGACAUCCGCGCAAGCCCGCAGGUGGCAGCACGGGUCGCGCGAGCAGGCUGGCCGCGAGAGCGUCACCGCAUCAUCGCAGUGAGAGGGCAGCACUGUUUGCAGACCGGCGCGUGACUGCGGGGUCUCCGGAGGACGAUUGGAAGGCGCUGCUACUGCUGGUGCCUAUGAGGCUCGGCAGUGACAUCCUUAAUGAUCUAUACGAACCUUGUAUCAAGCGCAUUCUGGCUCAUGACUCAUGCAUCGGUAUCAUGGGCGGACGGCCGAAACACUCGCUCUUCUUUGUCGGCUGGCAGGGUGUUAGUGAUGUCUCGCCCCUCUACCAAGUUAAAUAUGCCCCGAUCUUUCAACAUGUUGAAAAUAACGACGAAAUGUGA